AUGAACACCGAAGUACCUCUGAUAAAUCUGACCACAAAGAAUCGAACGAUAAUCGCGUAUGCCUGCUCGCACGCCGUGAUAAUCUACAAUUACGAAUCUAAAGAAGCAAUGACUCUUCAGGCUCACCAAUCUACAGUGAGGACUCUAUCCAUCUCAAGAGACGGGAAAUGGUUGUUAUCGGCUGAUUUCGAAAGUGAUCCAGUGGUCGUAAUUUGGGACACCGAAAGCGGCGUACCAAUUUGCACUCUAUUUAAUCCGCAUGGGGACGACGAGCUAGCAGCUGCAAGAAUAAGCCCAAAUGCUAAGUACAUAGUAACCGUUGGAAACGAAAGACAUCAAAAAGUCCAGUUUUGGCUGUGGACUUACGGGAAGGAUGAACCAAAUACGUCCAUAGAGCUGACCGAAAUUGCUUUCGACAGAGUGAAGGAAAUAGCUUUCAACGAAGAUUUUCCGGAGGAAUUUGCUCUGACCGCCGAUCAUAAUAUCGUAUUCCUCAUUUGGGCACAAGACAAGUUGAAAUACAAUUGUCCAAAAGUUGUUGGCAACAUACGGCGAUACGGGAUAUUCAAUUCUUCUUGUUACGUGUCGGGCACGCAGCAAGCAGUGACAGCAACAGCAAACGGAUACGUUUUGGUUUGGACUACAGUUAUGGAGAAAGGACGGGGUAAUGUUAGAGACGUGGAAAUGAAAUACGUUAAGUCUAUCCAAUUGCAGAAAUACAGCAUUAACGUGAUACUACAACACGAUGGAAUGUUAGUGACAGGAACUGCGGACGGUCGAAUUAAUUUCCAUGAUCCUCAAUUAAAAAUUCUUUAUUGGUGUCAAAAUCGACAUCUAGAUUCUAUACAAUCGAUUAGUUUCAAUCUUCAGUCCACGUUAUUAGGUCCUGUAUCUACUACUGUCGCAUCUGAUCUUGAAUGCGACGAAGAAGAUCUAAAUUACAAGGGUGAAUUUGAAGAAAAUUCAGAAAGUAAAAUAGAAAGCACUAUUUGCGACGAGGGGAUAGAAUAUUUGAAACAAUUAGAAAGCAAACUAUUGCAACACCAAGACGAAGUUACGUCCGCAACAACGAUAAACUUGGAAUACAUGUUAAGAGAUUAUGAUAAAAAGGGAUCAUCUGCAAAACCACCUCAUAUACCUGUAGACGCCACUUCUGAGAACGCACCUUUCUACGUCGAUAACUUUUUCGUCGGUUCUUCGACCGGAGUAAUUGCAUUAAUCAAAAUUUCCACGUUGAAAUGUCAAUUUUUCUCAGAAAAUGUAAACGCAGCUAUUACCAGUUUAGAUACGCAUCCUCGAAGUGAUUAUAUAGUUACUGGAAACAUACAUGGUUUGAUCUGCUUGUACGAUUACAAAAAACGUAAACUUAUCACGAACAAGAAAACGCCUACUCUUCCAGACUUCCGUUCGAUAUUAGAUAAGCAAGUAAAAGAUCAUAAUAUAGUUUACGUCACAUGCCCCCGAAGCCACGAUCGAUUAUCCGCAAUUUCCACGUUAAAAUAUUCACCGAUAGGCAAGCAUUUCUUCAAUUAGAAUAUACGGGAUUGUUUAAUAAUCUUUGUCGUUUAAAUCUACUGUUAGUUUUAUGUAAAAUUGAUCAGGCGAUGAACUUGCUUGCGGCCUUGAUAAUGGAACACUUUGGUUAUUGCAUCCUAUUACUUUGGAACCUCUCGAUGAAAUUCCUUACAAGCAUUCCACGGAAUCUAUUAUUAAAGUGACUUUCACAGAAUGUGCCGAGUACAUGGCUUACUAUGAUAAUACGCUGGUAGUAGCAGUAUUUAAAAGAAACCAUGACUCAUGGGCAAGAUCGUAUCUGUGGGAUUUUAUUGGAAAAUAUCGUACUCACUACGCAACAAUAAGAGAUAUACUUUUUGGGCCAGCUACUCCUACCAGCAUUGUACCACGAUUGUUUUCAUUGGGAGAGGAUAAGGCCCUAAUUGAAUAUGAUCUUAAAAAUAGGUAAGACAGAUAUUUGUAACAUUUUGAUCCAAAUUUUAUGUAUUUGGUUUAUAUCUUGCAGUGGACAUUAUCCACAUCCUGGUCUUAAGAUAAUGGAAACUCAUGAAAUCGAGUAUACCGCUAUUCCUCUUUGUCUUUCCUGGUAUCCUGAAUCGGGAAUUGAAAGAUUCCUUGUGAUCUCCAACUCAGAAUACAAGUAUCGAUUGCUGAACGACGCAACGAAAAUGAUUCGAGGAACAUUUCUAGGUCCAAUCUUUGAUGCACCAGUCAGACGUUUCAAGGUAUUACCCGACAGAAGAUUAGAAAAUAACAGGUAUAUGGUGUUUGCGACUGACAAGGAAAUUGGUCUUCAAAUACUUCCUUUCGAUGGCAAUCCUUAUAAAACUGUAGGAAUGAUAGGGCAUCCGUACAAGGUAGCAGCAAAUAGUUAUAUCCGUCGAUAUAAUGGCUAGUCUAGGAGGUAAAAGUCUUUCACCGUAUUAUGGUCUUAUCGAAGGAGGAAGAAAUGGCUGGCUUAUCAGCGAAAUGAAAGAUCUCUUCUAUUAUGCUCAAAUUUUACAUCAAGGUGA